AUGUCUGACGCCGCCGUUGUUGAAGCCACCGCAUCUCCAGUCGCCGCUGUUGAGAAAAAGGCACCUAAGAAAGCCGCUGCCAAGGCAAAGAAACCCUCUGCUGCCCCAAGCCAUCCACCAACCCAACAAAUGGUCGAUUCUGCCAUCAAAACAUUGAAAGAACGUGGUGGUUCCUCAUUGCCUGCCAUCAAGAAAUACUUGGCCAGCACAUACAAAGUUGAUGCUGUAAAAUUGGCCCCAUUCAUCAAGAAGUACUUGAAGAGCGCUGUUGCUAGUGGAAAAUUGAUCCAAACUAAAGGUAAGGGUGCCUCCGGUUCAUUCAAAUUGUCCCCAUCUGCCUCGAAGGAACCUAAAGCAAAGAGCGCUGAAAAGAAGAAGAAGGCCCCAGCCGGUGAUAAGAAAAAGAAGGCAGCAGCACCCAAAAAGGCAGCCGGUGAAAAGAAAGUCGCUGCAAAGAAGCCUUCCGCUGCUAAAAAGACCGCCGAGAAGAAGAAGACCGAAAAGGCCAAGGCUAAAACUGCCAAAAAGACAGGUACAGUUAAAGCUAAACCCACAAAAACAGCCGCCAAAGCAUCAGCCACUAAACCAAAGGCACCCAAGGCAAAAACCACCGCUGCCAAGCCCAAAAAGGCUGCCGCAGCAAAGAAGCCAGCUGCCAAGAAGACCGCC